AUCGUUUCAUGUUUUCAUACUAAACAAGUUACGGUGGCUUGGCACGCACAUUGUUCACCGAUUUCAGUAUUGAGAUCUGUUUUAAACCGUUUUCCAGUUGGUUUCGCGUGUUCGUUCGCGUUUUAAUGUAAACUGAUUUUUAUUUGAAACUGGACUUUAUCACUUUCGGCCCUGUUUAACCUGUUUCCACUUACAAAAUCUCUUUACAUUUUCUUCGCCCACAUAGUGACUCGCUCCGGACUGAGAGGAGGCCAUAAAAACACAUUCUUGCUUCAACAUGUCUGGACCAGGCUAUCCAUCGCCAAACCAACCUCCAUAUCCCAUGCCCCAGCAAGGAGGACAGUACAUGCCCCCUUAUCCCAUGGGAGGCUAUGGAGAUCCUGGGCAGGCUGCCCCACCACCUGGAUUUCAAGUAGGGUAUCAUUCAGUUCCAGAUCAGCCGGUCAUGUAUCAGCCUGGUCCAGCUAGUUCACCAUUGCCUCAUGGACAACCAUAUGGAGCUCCUGCCCCUGCACCUGCACCUGCACCUGUGUCAGUGCCCACUGGAGUGCCACCUGGUCUGGAGUACCUCACUCAGAUUGAUCAGAUCCUUAUUCACCAGAAAGUGGAGUUAUUAGAAGCAUUCAUUGGCUUUGAAACCAAUAACCAGUAUGAGAUCAAGAACAGCCUGGGCCAGAAGAUCUACUCUGCCAAAGAGAAAAAUGACUGCUGCACGCGUAACUGCUGUGGUGCACUGCGCAGCUUUGACAUGAAGAUCAAAGAUAAUAGUGACCGAGAGGUCAUACGGCUCAUCCGACCUUUCCGCUGUGCCACCUGUUGGUGCCCCUGCUGCCUGCAAGAGCUCGAGGUGCAGGCGCCCCCAGGAACGACCAUAGGAUAUGUAAAACAGGACUGGCACCCGUGCUACCCAAAAUUCUCAAUUCAGGGAGCAAACAAGGAGACAUUGAUGAAGCUCGAGGGGCCCUGCUUGGCCUGUAACUGCUGUGGUGACGUGAACUUUGAGCUAAAAGGCAAGGAUGGUGGGAAGUCUAUUGGCCGAAUCAGUAAGCAGUGGAGCGGACUGUUAAAGGAGGUCUUCACUGACACUGACAACUUUGGCAUCAAGUUUCCUUUAGACAUGGAUGUGAAGAUGAAGGCUGUACUUAUGGGUGCCUGUUUCCUUAUUGAUUUCAUGUUCUUUGAAAAAGUUGGAGACUCUAACCAGCGCAAUACUGUGUUUUCUUAAGCAUGUUUCCAAUUAGUAACUUAGGGAGGAACUUAAAGUUUAAGUAACCAAAAACUACAUACAGCUGCCGCUCCAGUCAAAGGAAUGUUCAUGGUCAUUUUGUAUUGCAAAAUUUACAAUGACAGGCAUCGUACCAUAAGUGCCUGUUGACUGGGUGCCUUUUAAAAGAUCAUGGCA